GCGUUGUCUGGGGGCGGGGCUCUGGCCUCCUCUUGGCGAGUCCCGGAUUUACCAGGGCCGGUGGGACCCCCUCGGGCUCCCGCCUUAGCAUGCUGGCCGGGAGAUCCGGUGAACAUGGCCUCUGCUACUGCGGCUGCAGCACGACGGUGCCUCGGCCGGGCUCCCCCUCUCCUCUGGCGUGGCUACCAGACCGAGCGGGGCGUUUACGGCUACCGGCCGAGGAAGCCCGAGAGCCGCAAGCCCCAGGGCGCCCUGGAGCGCCCCCCAGUUGAUCAUGGCCUUGCCAGGUUGGUGACAGUAUAUCGCGAGCAUGGUCAUAAAGCUGCCAAAAUCAACCCCCUCUUCACCGGACAAGCCCUGCUGGAGAAUGUGCCUGAAAUCCAAGCCCUGGUGCAGACACUGCAGGGACCCUUCCACACGGCAGGAUUAUUGAACAUGGGGAAGGAAGAGGCCUCACUUGAGGAAGUGUUAGUCUAUCUCAAUCAAAUCUACUGUGGGCAGAUUUCUAUUGAAACCUCCCAACUUCAGAGCCAGGAGGAGAAAGACUGGUUUGCCAAGCGGUUUGAGGAACUGCAAAAGGAGACGUUUACCACAGAAGAGCGAAAACAUCUGUCGAAACUAAUGCUGGAAUCUCAGGAGUUUGACCACUUUCUGGCCACCAAGUUCUCGACAGUGAAGCGAUAUGGAGGCGAAGGGGCUGAAAGCAUGAUGGGCUUUUUCCAUGAGCUGCUGAAAAUGUCGGCCUACAGCGGGAUCACUGAUGUCAUUAUUGGGAUGCCCCAUAGAGGGAGGCUGAAUUUAUUGACAGGCCUUCUGCAGUUCCCUCCAGAGCUGAUGUUCCGUAAAAUGCGAGGCUUAAGUGAAUUUCCAGAGAAUUUCUCAGCCACUGGAGACGUCCUGUCUCACUUGACCUCCUCUGUGGACCUGGAUUUUGGGGCGCACCAUCCCCUCCACGUGACGAUGCUGCCCAAUCCCUCGCACCUGGAGGCCGUCAACCCCGUGGCCGUGGGCAAAACGCGCGGCAGGCAGCAGUCUCGCCAAGACGGCGAUUACUCUCCAGACAACUCAGCCCAGCCGGGGGACAGGGUCAUUUGCUUACAGGUGCAUGGUGAUGCUUCUUUCUGUGGUCAAGGGAUUGUUCCUGAAACAUUCACACUGUCAAAUCUCCCGCAUUUCAGAAUUGGUGGGAGUGUACAUUUGAUUGUUAAUAACCAGCUGGGUUACACCACUCCAGCUGAAAGAGGAAGGUCUUCUUUAUACUGCAGUGAUAUUGGGAAGCUUGUGGGCUGUGCCAUCAUCCAUGUCAAUGGAGACAGCCCAGAGGAAGUGGUCCGUGCCACACGACUGGCUUUUGAAUACCAACGCCAGUUCCGCAAGGAUGUGAUUAUUGAUCUGUUGUGCUACAGGCAGUGGGGCCACAAUGAGCUGGAUGAGCCAUUCUUCACCAACCCCAUCAUGUACAAAAUCAUCAGAGCUCGAAAGAGCAUUCCAGACACAUAUGCAGAGCACCUCAUUGCUGGUGGACUCAUGACGCAGGAGGAGGUGUCUGAAAUAAAAUCCUCCUACUAUGCCAAGUUGAAUGAUCACUUAAAUAACAUGGCCCACUACAGCCCCCCUGCCCAGAACCUGCAGGCCCACUGGCAGGGCCUGGCUCAGCCAGAAGCGCGAAUCACCACCUGGAGUACAGGUGUGCCCCUCGACCUCCUGCGGUUUGUUGGCGUGAAGUCUGUAGAGGUGCCGAGACAGCUGCAGAUGCACAGUCACCUGCUGAAGACACACGUUCAGUCCAGAAUGGAGAAGGUGAUGGACGGAACCAAGCUAGACUGGGCCACCGCGGAAGCUCUUGCCUUGGGUUCCUUACUUGCUCAAGGUUUUAAUGUUCGUCUAAGUGGCCAAGAUGUUGGUCGUGGAACUUUCAGUCAGAGGCAUGCAAUGGUGGUUUGCCAGGAGACCGAUGACACCUACAUCCCCCUGAACCAUAUGGACCCAAAUCAGAAGGGGUUUCUAGAGGUCAGCAACAGCCCCCUGUCAGAAGAGGCCGUCCUGGGAUUCGAAUAUGGGAUGAGCAUUGAGAGCCCAAAGUUACUGCCCCUGUGGGAGGCACAGUUUGGCGAUUUCUUCAAUGGUGCCCAGAUCAUCUUUGACACAUUCAUCUCUGGAGGAGAGGCCAAGUGGCUCCUACAAAGCGGCAUCGUCACCCUCCUUCCACACGGCCACGAUGGGGCUGGGCCAGACCACUCAUCCUGUCGAAUAGAGCGUUUCCUGCAGAUGUGUGACAGUGCGGAAGAGGGGGUGGACGGAGACACUGUGAACAUGUUUGUGGUUCACCCAACAACUCCUGCGCAGUAUUUCCACUUGCUUAGGAGACAGAUGGUCCGGAACUUCAGAAAACCACUCAUUGUUGCUUCCCCUAAGAUGUUACUCAGGCUCCCGGCAGCCGUGUCAACUCUUCAAGAAAUGGCACCAGGAACAACAUUUAACCCGGUCAUUGGUGAUUCAUCUGUGGAUCCAAAAAAGGUUAAGACCCUCGUGUUCUGCUCCGGCAAACAUUUCUACUCCCUGAUGAAGCAAAGAGAAUCUCUGGGGGCCAAGAAGCAUGACUUUGCCAUCAUCCGAGUAGAGGAACUCUGCCCCUUCCCAUUGGAUUCUUUACAGCAAGAGAUGAGCAAAUACAAACAUGUUAAAGAUCAUAUUUGGAGUCAGGAGGAACCUCAGAACAUGGGUCCGUGGUUAUUUGUUUCUCCAAGGUUUGAAAAGCAGCUGGCCUGCAAGCUCCGUCUGGUGGGCCGGCCCCCUUUGCCAGUACCCGCUGUAGGAAUUGGCACAGUUCACUUGCACCAGCAUGAAGAUAUCCUUGCCAAGACCUUCGCUUGAUGACUUUUGAAGAAACACUAUUUCUCUUUAAGAAAAUGGCCAUUAAGGCACAUGCCUGUAAUCCCAGCACUUUGGGAGGCCAAGGCCGGUGGAUCACCUGAGGUCAGGAGUUCGAGAUCAGCCUGGCCAACAUGGUGAAACCCUGUCUCUACUAAAAAUACAAAAAAUAGCCGGGUGUGGUGGCGGGCACCUGUGAUCCCAGCUUCCUGGGAGGCUGAGGCAGGAGAAUCGCUUGAAUCUGGGAGGCGGAGGUUGCAGUGAGCCAGGAUCACACCAUUGCUGUCCAGCCUGGGUGACAGAGCAAGACUGCAUUUCAAAAAAAAAAAGAAAAAAAAAAGGCCAUUAAAAGAGGCCUCCUUCCUCCAUUCUCUCAACCCCUCUGUUGGGUAACAUGAAAAGACUGUAUUCCUCUAAGAUGUUGGGAUUGAUAUACUUGAUUUAAUCUGGAAUAGGUGGAAUAACCAGGGGAACUGGUUAUGAAUAUGUGAAUGCAACCAGCAAAUUUAUCCUUGAAAGUGUGAUGGUAGAAAUAGGAAAACAACAAAAGAAAAACAAUAACAAAAAAAGGAAGUGUGAUGGCUGGGUGCAGUGGCUCACGCCUGUAAUCCCAGCACUUUGGGAGGCUUAGGUGGCUGGAUCACCUGAGGUCAGGAGUUCAAGACCAGCCUGGCCAACGUAGUGAAACCCCGUUUCUACUAAAAAUAUGAAAAUUAGUUGGGUGUGGUGGCAUGCGCCUGUAUUCUCAGCUACUCCGGAGGCUGAGGCAGAAUUGCUUGAACCUGGGAGGCAGAGGUUGCAGUGAGCCGAAAUGGCACCACUGGACUCCAACCUGGGCGACAGAGCGAGACUCCAUCUCAGAAAUUAAAAGGAAAGUAUGAUAGAGUUAUGGAUUUUAGCUCUGAGUGAGCUGGAAAACUAGGUCAUUAUCUAGAUGAUUUCAGACUUGACCCUAAUUGACCAUAUAUGACCAGGAAACACUUCUGAGUUUACAGCUCUGUGGAGAUGACCUCAACACUGCCCCUUGAUUUGUUUGAUGCAUGUCACUUUCAUUAAUUUUCCCCCUCCUUUUUGAAAGUCCUGUGGCAGUACUAAUAUUUUCAUUUUAUGUAAUCUCUGGUGCUGCUUUCCAGUCACUGUAUGAAGUGUCUCCCCAACACUAGCAAAUCUAGGUCCUACUAAAUACAAAUCUCUGGGUGGAUGAUCUUCUAGUACUGUAUUUUUAAAUUAAGGAGUUUUAGUUAUAAUGAAAUUGAUUUGUAGUCUGUUUUGCCGUAAACUUGUUUUUCUUUGAAUUGUUCUUAUAGUGAUAUCUUACUAUUUUUAACUGUCUUGGGUUUCUGAUAUGGGGAUUUCAGCCCCUGGUUAAUCAGUCUUGUCCCUACAAGUCCCUGAUGCAGUAUGUUUAUUUGUGGUGUUUAAAGAACAUUUCCUGGCUGGGUGCCAUGGCUUGCGCCUGUAAUCUCAGCACUUUGGGAGGCUGAGGUGGGUGGAUCACCUGAGGUUGGGAGUUCGAGACCAGCCCGACAAAACAUAGUGAAACCCCAUCUCUACUAAAAAUACAAAAAUUAGCUGGGCGUGGUGGUGGGAGUCUGUAAUCCCAGCUACUCGGGAGGCUGAGGCAGGAGAAUCGCUUGAACCUGGGAGGUGGAGGUUGCAGUGAGCUGAGAUCCUGCCACUGCACUCCAGUCUGGGUGACAGAGCAAGACUCCAUCUCAAAAAAUAAAUAAAUAGAAAGAAAGAGAGAGGAAAAAAAAAAAAAAGAAAAGAAGAGAACACUUCUUUAUUUGAGGGACUUUCCCAACACCAGGUGCUUGGGGAUUUCUUAGAGAUCACCAACCGACUCCCUCACUGUGAAAUUAAACCGAGUACUGGAAGCAUAGCUAAACAGCGAACCAUGUAGCUUCACCUGACUCAGUGCUGGGGGCCUGUACCAUCUACUGUUCUUGUGUCAUGACGCUUUUUCUCUGAAGUGGUGUGGGAAGUACCAGGGGACUAGCAGAAGCCCAGGCCUUCUCUACUUUUACCAGCAACUGAUCAUGUCUUUCAGAAUCCAUUGUACAUAUAGGCUGUUCUAGCCACAGAGGUAGAUUUAUGAUUCACAUCCGAAAGUGUGCCUUAGUUAUCGAUUUAACAUUUCUCUAGUAUUCAUAUCCCUUUUCUUACCAUAUACCUCAGUGCAUCCUUCCUGUGUCAAGCCUUAUAAAUCAUGUAAUUUAGCACCACUCAUGUAAAUCAGGAAAAUCACAAAGGUCUAUUUAAUGAAAACAAUUUACCAAUGUUGUAUUUUUUUAACAAGAAAAAAAAUAAAAGCACCUUGUCAUUUUUUUUC